AUGCCACCUAAAAGAACCAAGAAGGCUGCCAGUGCCAUCAAGAAGGGCAAAAAAGUUGUUGGGGAGGUUGUCACGCCGAAGGUCGCCGACGAGGGUUUUUCUCUGAACGAAAAGGCCGUGAAAAAAGCAGUUUCUGAGCUGAUCAAGUGGAAAGAGUCUUCCAAGUCGGAUAAACCACAGCUGUUUGAUGACGAUGACGACACCAGCUUGUACCUGCAACUGACAAGCGUCAAGUUUUUCAACAAAAAACAGGGCUUCAAGCCGUCUGUGGUUGCUGUUCCGCAUCCAGUGUACGAUCUGGAAAACGACUUCAAGGUGUGUCUGAUCGUGAAGGACGGCCAGAUCAGCGCCGAGACUCUGGCGAAAAUUGAAGCAGAGAACAUCCCACACCUGUCCAAGAUCAUCGCCGCCCAGGAACUCAAGGGAGAGUACAAAAGUUACGAGGCCAGAAGAAAACUGCACAAAGAGUACGACCUGUUUCUGAGUGACGAAAGUUUGAUCACCGCGCUUCCUAAACUGCUGGGCAAGAUCUUCUACUCUACCCCGAAACUGCCGCUUCCAAUUAGACUCACCACCAAGGACAACGUGUUCUCGGUGACGACGUUAUCGAACCAGAUCUCCAAGAUGGUGAACUCGAUCCACUACGUUGCGCCUAUGGGUGUGAAUCUGACCCUGAACUUGGGCAGUCUGCACCAGCCGCUAGACCAUAUCUGUGCCAACAUCCAGGUUUUGGCGCAGCACUUUAAGAACCAGCCGUUGAAGACUGUCCAGUUGAAGCUGCUGGAGUCGCCAGGCUUGCCGAUCUACGUUGCCGACCAGAUCUUCUCCGAGAAGGACGUUGCUGAGAAUGAGACAGACGAGCCAAAGUCCAAGGACCUCGAGGUUAGACUGUCCAAGUUCGAAAAGGGACUGGUCGAGCUGGCUCUGGAUGAAGAACAGGUCGACAAGAUCGUCGGACGCAAACAGAAAAAAGUCGACAAGCUCAAGAAACAGGAGUCCAAGCGCGGCAAGGAAAACCAGCCGGGCUCGGCCGCCAAAAGAAGAAGAAGAGCCUGA